GUCAGUUGCCAAUUGCCUCGACGACGACGACGACAAGAUCCAUCAUGCAGUGGUUUACCAAGAAGCGCGUCGAGCCGCCGUGCCAUUGCCGCCAAGUGCUCUCGUCGAUGACGUCAUCGCCCGACGCGUGCAUCCCGAUCACGCACAAGUGGAUCGACCGCCAGAAGAAGCAGAAGCACAGCGCGGUCGUCGGCGGGCGCAAGGUGCCGUUCUGUCCCGAGGACAUUGGCUUUUGGAAGCUUGAUCGGCACGAGACUCACGACGUGCUCUGCCCGAUCGACGAAGACGACUGCGUGCGCUGCGACGGCUGCGAAGAAGCCAUGUUUUUUAGCCUCCGCGCCAAGCGCGUCUGCGUUGCGCUCACUCGCGUGCGCCGGCACAAGAAGGUCGCGCCAGAGACCGCGCUCGUCGCAUGAACACGCGGCGUGAAUGAGCGCCCGUUCGAACUAUUUAUCUGCAGGAUUCAUGCUUGCCAUCGUAACGUUAGUAGAAAAACCAGUGUCCUCAUCC